GAGAAGAAGAUUGAGACAAGAAAAAAAGCGUUCUUGGAAGCUGCCCCCAUAAUGAGAAAAAGUUUCUCAGAAAGGGAGACUAGUCCUGGAAUCGAAGGCCUAAAUUUGUCCAAUUUUGAACGCCCUGUGAUGGCUCCGGAAACUGAAUUGCAGAGUUUCAGGAUCUUCGUUGCAACGUGGAAUGUGGGAGGAAAGUCACCGAAUUUUGAUCUCAACCUUCAAGAUUUCUUCUUAGUAGAAGGCUCCGCAGAUAUAUAUGUCUUGGGUUUCCAGGAAAUUGUUCCUUUGAGUGCUGGGAAUGUUUUAGUAAUAGAAGACAAUGAACCUGCUGCAAAGUGGUUGGCCUUGAUAAGUCAAGCACUAAACAGACCAAGAAAUGAAUACAGUGAUUCUUCAGACUCAGGAACUGGCUCCAAAAGUAGUAAUAGUUGUUCGAAGGAUACAAAGUCCCCGGCAAGUUUGAAUUUCUUUCAGAAGCCUUCUCUUAAAGUUAUCAGUAAAAACUUCAGAGCAGAGGGUAGCAGCCUCCUUAAGGCUUGCAAUUGUCCCGUGGAUUCUCCAUCCAGGGAGAGACGAAGGGCAAGAAAGUAUAGUGACCCUAUGAAUAAGUUAGACUCUGAGCUUCAGGGUGAUGAAACCGUUGAAGAGUUGCUUUCAAUCUCAGAACUACCCUCUUCUCCUAGCCAAUGCAGAUACUCCCUCAUAUCAAGUAAGCAAAUGGUUGGGAUUUUUCUCACCAUAUGGACUAAGAAGGAAUUAGUGCCUCACAUUGGACAUCUCAGAGUGGAUUCUGUCGGGAGAGGAAUCAUGGGUUGCUUAGGUAACAAGGGGUGUAUAUCCAUGAGCAUGUCCUUACAUCAAACAAGUUUUUGUUUCGUCUGUAGUCACUUGGCUUCUGGGGAGAAAGACGGUGACGAGUUGAAGAGAAAUUCUGAUGUAGCUGAGAUUCUCAAAAGCACUCAAUUCCCUAGGAUUUGCAAGAAUCCGUGUCGUCGUGCGCCAGACAAAAUUGUUGACCAUGAUCGAAUAAUAUGGCUUGGAGAUUUGAAUUAUCGAGUGGCUUUGAGUUACGAAGAAACAAGAGUUCUAUUGGAGGAUAACGACUGGGACACUUUGUUAGAGAAAGAUCAGUUAAACAUGGAAAGAGACGCAGGGAGAGUUUUUACCGGUUUCAAAGAGGGGAAGAUUGUUUUUGCUCCCACUUACAAGUACUCACAAAAUUCAGAUUCUUAUGCCGGUGAAACUGUAAAAUCAAAGAAAAAACGUCGCACACCGGCAUGGUGUGACAGAAUAUUAUGGCGUGGCAAUGGCAUUGAUCAAUUAUCAUAUAUUCGAGGAGAGUCAAGAUUUUCUGACCACAGACCUGUCUGUGCUGUGUUUUCUGUGGAUGUGGAAGUAAGAAGCAGAAACAACAGGUUUAGGAAGGGUUACUCCUACACAAGCCCAAGACCGGAAUACGAAGACUGCAUACCUCAAAGGCAUAGUUUCUACGAUUAUUAAUUUGUGCAUCAAAUCAAAGCUUGUAUA